AUGGAGGUGAACCCGGAGCUCAGAGGGGACGAGGAGGCAACGGGAGCGGCGCUGCUGCUCUACCAGCGGGCCCAUUUCCGGCACGACCCGCGCUGGCUGCUGCCCCGGCCGCCGCACCUCUGCCUGGCCUGCGCCCUGGAGCUGCUGCAGGCCACGAGCGGCGUCUCGCUGGUGCGCAAGAAGCACAUGUUGUCCUGCUUCCAUGAUGCCCUCACGAGGCACACCACGUCGGUCACUCAGCUCUUGGCUCAGAACGAGACAGUCUGCACCCACCUCAUAGGCAUCCUUUUUGGGCUCCUGCGCAGCAUAGACGAUGGCCCAGUGCUGGAACUCUCCAUCCAAGUCCUCAUUCAGCUUAUGGUACAACUGAAGCUGGGGCCCUUUGUCCACCGCUUGCUAGAAGAGUGCCAGAAAGAGCUUUGUAACAUGCCCAGCAUGAGGGGCAGCCUGGCCACAGUGACCCUCCUGGGCAAAAUGGCGGAUGCCAUCCCUUCUCUUGCUGAGAUCCUCGUGAUAGACCAUGGUAGCCUCGUGGAGCAGCAGUUGAGGGGCCUGAUGUACCCCAAUGAGGCACUGAAGGCCGCAGUUUGCUAUCUAUAUGGAAAGCUGUAUUCCUCUCCCACUGUGGCAGAGAAACUGUCAGGCCAUUUCAGGGAGAAGCUGUGUCCCCUUUUCCUGACGACGCUGGACAACGCCCAGUCAAAGGAGCUGCAGAUUAACUGCAUAGGUUUACUGAGAGAGCUACUGAAAUAUGACCGCUUUGUAUCAGUUAUAAUGAGUAAAUCAGGGACGGCGGGGAUUUCUGAAAAUGCUGAGGUGCUACAAGAAGAAAACACUCUGCCCUUAGUGCUUAAAAAGCUGCUGCUGUCCAGAGAUGAAACCUUGCAGGUGGCGAGCAUGCACUGCAUGGCAGCUGUGCUGGUGCAUUCUCCUGUGAAGUAUGCCCCGGCCUUCAUCCACGCAGACAUUCCAGAGUUCCUGUUUGAGCAUCUCUCCUGCACCACCGAGGCCCUCCUUUGGGCCGCAUACAGCUGCUUGUUGCUCCUGACCGAAGAGCGCCUCUUCUUUUCCAAGUGUCACACUGUGUAUGGGAUUGAGUCGCUGGUGCGGAGCCUGAAGGGGAUCCUGCAGCUGAACAACCCAGAGCUCCUCAAGCAGGGUCUGCUGCUCUUCACGGAGAUUCUGAAGAGGCAGCCAGAAGAGAUCAAGCUUUUUACAAACUCGGCCACCUGCAAAGACGCUAGCGGCGUUCUCCAGGAGGCCAUCAGCAGCCCCGUCCUGGAGGUCGUGGCUGAGGCGGUCAGAGCUGUGGCAGCUUUUUUCAGGAAGCACCACCUGAGUUUGCCGCCAGUGCCGUAUAGAGAGCUUCAGGCCUUGGUCCGAGCCCUGCUGGACCGCUGUGCUGACCUGUCGCUGCCCGUGAGCCGGAGGCCUGUCCAUAGCUGUGGCCUGCUUCUCCCAGGGGGCCGCCCAUCGAGCCGAGGACCUAGCAGAGCUGUGCUGCAGCAGGCAGAGAUCCUUCGGGGGGCCCUUGAGGGCUUCCGAAAUGUCUGCAGACUUGCCAUGGAGUUUCGGAAUGAGCCCUCGGCCCAGGAGAACCCCUUCACGGCUCCCAGCACCGAGAAGGAAGACACGCUAGAGACCUUCUCUGAGUUCUUGCUGAGUGUCUGUGACUCCCUCUGCAUUCCCACUGUGAUGAGGCAUUCUGAACAGGCCAUGCAUCCUGCUCUCAUGGAGAUUUUCCUCUCGGUCCUCGACAGCUUGUUCAUCAUUGUACCCCACAUGAAGGAGAAGUUCUCCAAGAAGCUGGCCUCCUCUUCCUUCAUCAGACUAAGCCUGGAGCUGAAGGCCCGGUUCUGCAGUGGACAGAGUCACCCAGCCCUGAAUCAGGCUUGUUCUGGCUUUCUGUCCUCCCUGUGCCUCAACCUCUUUUCAGCUUUGGAAGAGACAGGACCACCGUCCAGAGAGGGGCGGUCCGUUGUGUCCAGCAUCCUGCAACAGUGUCUGCCCCAGGUAAACACCGGAGGCUCCGAAAGCCUGGCGCUCCUGUCCGAUGCCCUGUAUGUGGAUGAAGCCACUCGUCAGCACCAAUACUGCAUCCUCCUCCUCCUCUAUCUUGCUUAUGUCCAUGAGGACAGGUUUGUGCGAGAGGCAGACUUAUUCUCAGCUGUGAGAAGCCUCCUCCUGUCAAUCCAGGACCAGGCCGAGCGCCCUCCUCCUGCCGUUUUCCGAGCAGCCAUUUACCUCCUUGCACUCUGUCAGGACAAAGCAGAACCUUUAGAAAAGGCUCCCCUAAGUGCCAUCAGGAAGAUGCUGGAGAGCAUCCCAGACCUCAGCCUGGUCUACAGCCACCAUCCCUGCACCCUCAAGUUCUUCCUGAUGUACCCAGACUUACUGGGCAGGUUUGGCCACCGAGUGCUGGAACUUUGGCUGUCCUGGGAGGAUAGCAGUGGCCUGGAAGCUGAGAACCCGGCUUCCACCACACCCGCCAGGCCUCCUGCUCUUGCAGACCUCGGGGACCCCUUGCUGCCCAUCCUGAAGAGUAGUUCCAGUGUCCUGCUCAUUUUACUGGACCUUGUCUAUUCUAGUCCCGUGGGCAUAGCCCGAAAAGUGCUAACAGUCCUGAGAACUUUCCUCCAGGAAGACGAAGACAUUCAGGUGGGGAGCCUUCUUCGGGGCCAUUUUCUACAGAUCCUGCAGCAGCUGCUGGUGGAGAGGGGCGCUGCCCCCCUGCAAGCCGGCAGUAACCUGCCCCUAUUACUCAGCCUGCUCUUCUUGGUGCAGCCAAAGAAUGAGACCCAGAGAGAGCUGGACAGCACGGACCUGAAGCUACUUCACCAGGUGAGUAACCUGUGUGGGAAGUGCAGCCUGGACCACGUGGAGAUGCUGCUUUCCUCCUUCAACUUCCUGUACUGGAGUCUCCACCAAACCACUCCUGGCAGCCGGAAACAGGCGGUGGCCGUGCUUCUGUCCAGCACCCCCUUCCUCACACUGCUGCAGAAGACUCUGGGGCUCACGUGGAUGGAGCCAGCCCCUGCCUCUGUGCUUCUGGGCCCCUCCACAAUGGAGGCAGCCCUCCUCUGCUCAGGCUGGCUGCUCACAGCCUCCCUUUCUGCUCAGCAGCACCUUGGAGGGUUGGAGGUCCACCAGACGCUCACAGUAGAGCUGGACAGAGUCCUACGCACCCUCACUUUUAGGAAGAAGAAAGCGGCCUUGUUCUCAGCCAGCAUCCUCAGAUUCCUGCGGACAGCCCUGGAACAGAAUCUCUCCUCGGCCCUGGUGACGCUGGUCAGCUCAGACUUAGGGCAGACGCCCUGUCCAGAGGAUUCUGCCCUCUCCCCACUGUCCCUUCAGCAGGUCCUGUCCCUCGUAGUCAGCCUUCAGAACCUUCUGGUGCAGAAAGACCUGCUGUUGUCACAGGCUGUGGUUGGCUGCCUGGAGGCCCUGAUGGACUUUCUGCAAGCUAGGAACCCAGAUGUAGCCCUGCAUGUGGCUGCCCAGCCCUGGAAUCGAUUCUUGCUCUUCACCCUCUUGGAUGCUGGAGACAAUUCUUUCCUCAGCCCCGAGAUCCUGAGGCUCAUGACCCUGUUUGUGAGGUUCCGGAGCAGCAGUGUCCUCUCCCAGGAUGACAUUGGGUAUGUUCUGCAAGAGACGGCCAAGGUCAACUUCUCUGAGCUCCCGACUGCCACGCUCCGGGCUCUGUCCCGAUUCCUCCUGCAGGUCCAGAGUACAGGCUCUCUGUCUAACCCAGGCCUGUCUACAACCAUUCAGACUUUGCUGGAGACUCUCUCAGAAAGAAGCUCCACCCCGCCACACCAUCAGGACUUGGUAUGCCUCGGAGGGGUGGCAGUGUCCUUCUCUCACAUCCAAGACUGAGCCAGAGAGGGGGAAAGGAGACGAGGCCCCAGCGCCGGGUUCGGGGAGCAAAGGGCAGCAUUCCCAGCUUGGGCACUUACUUGUUCUGUUGUUUGAUGGCAACCAG